UCUACUUUCAACCUAUCACAUACACGAGAAGAAGAUAUAUACCUAAACUAAAAACAGACUCCAUAUUAAAGAAGUCUGUUCAAAAUAACAACACGCGGGAAAACAUGAAAUACAUAUUGUUGUGGACGAAACCGUAUUCAUCUCCGUUCAACUAUCUAGGCUCCGGCUGCAACACAUUUAUACGGAGAAACUGCCAUUGGACGAAUUGUUAUGUUACUAGUGAUCGGAGCUAUUUAGGAUAUUACACUGAAUUUGAAGCAAUUGUAUUUAAUGGGCCUUGGUUAAAUAUUAAGUACGACAUACCAAAAGACCGUUCCACUCGUCAGAAAUAUGUGUAUACAAAUGUCGAAUCUGCUGCAAAUUAUCCCUUACGUACAAAUUUUUGGAAUGGAUACUUCAAUUGGACGUGGACGUAUAAAUUGGAUUCCGAUAAUAGGUGGGGCUAUUUAGCCAUCAGAAACGCCACUCACCACGUGGUCGGCCCGCAAGUGAAUAUGCAUUGGACAAAUUUAUCUGAAACAGUCAGCCCAGAAAUAAUACAAAUAUUAAAACGUAAAAAGAAGGCGGCAGCAUGGUUCUCCUCCAACUGCUACACGAGGAGCAACCGAGAAUACUUGGUCAUGAAGAUACAGGACGAACUUCAAAGGUUUGGCUUUAAAGUUGAUAUUUACGGAGCUUGUGGGAAACUUGAUUGUCCUAAAAACAUAAUGGACAGAUGCCUCGAUGUUUUGGAAAAUAAUUACUACUUUUACUUUGCCUUUGAAAAUGCUUUAAGUGAAGACUACGUUACAGAAAAAAUUGUAUAUGCCCUUCAGCACAAUACUGUGCCGGUAGUUUACGGCGGAGCCAACUAUACCAGAUUCAUGCCGGAUGGAAUAUAUUUGGACGCCUUAAAGUUGGGGCCAAAGAAGUUAGCGGAGGUGAUGCACCGAAGCAUAAUAUUUCCAGAGAAGUAUUACUAUAACUUCUUCAAGUGGAAGAAGCACUACUCGUAUCAUUUGCGGCACGAGAGCCCAGACACUGAUGAUUACUGUCAGUUCUGUGCCAUGUUGAAUAACGAUACUCUGAUGUCAACCAAAUCUGUGUACAACCAUAUAGACACGUGGUGGAAUACUAAAAUCGGCUAUACUGACUAUUCGAACUUCUUUUAG